AUGCACGCACUCACGCUUGGAAUCAUACUUGCAUUCGCCUUCGCUCUCACCACUGCAAUCACAACCGCACCAUCGCGCUCAGCCUUACACACUCACCCGCACUCACUCGCAUUCACCCUCGCACUCACACCAGCACUCUCACGCGCUCUCUCGCGCUCUCUCGAGUACACUCUCGAGCUCGCUCUCACGCGCACCGUCACGCGCUCUCACUCACGCGCGCUCCCUCACACGCUCCCACACGCGCUCCCUCAUGCGCUCCCUCUCGCGUGCUCGUUCGCGCGCUCCCUCGCACAAACUCUCGCGCACUCUCCUGCGCGCUCUCUCGCGCGCACUCUAGAACGCACUCACACGCGCUCUCUCUUGCGCACUCUCACGCAUCCGAUCGCGUGCUCCCUCGCGCGAACUUUCGCGCACUUUCUCGCGCUCUUUCCCGCGCACUCUCUCGCAUGCACUCUCCCACGCACUCUCUCGCAUGCACUCUACCGCGCAUUCUCUCGCGCGCUCUCUCGGGCGCACUCUAGAGCGCACUCUCGUGCUCUCUCUCUCGCUCUCUCACGUGCUGUCUCAGGCGCUCUCUCAUUUGUGUAUGUGUAUUUUGCACUCUCACUCUCUCUCUCACUCGCUCUCUCACUCGCUCUCACGCGCUCUCUCACGCGCUCUCUCACAUGUACUCUCACGCGCACUCUCACGCGCACUCCCACGUGCACUCUCACUCGCUCUCGCACGCGCAUUCUCACUCGCUCUCUCACGCGCUCUCUUACUCGCACUCUCACGCGCACUCUCACGCGCUCUCUCACGCGCACUCUCACGCGCACUCUCACGCGCUCUCUCACGCGCUCUCUCACGCGCUCUCUCACGCGCUCUCUCACGCGCUCUCUCACGCGCACUCUCACGCGCACUCUCACGCGCACUCUCACGCGCACUCUCACGCGCUCUCUCACGCGCACUCCUGUGCACACUCUCACUCGCUCUCUCACGCACUCCCUCACGUGCAAUCUCACGCGCUCUCUCACACGCUCUUUCACACGCACUCUCACGCGCACUCUCACGCGCACUCUCACGCGCUCUCUCACGCGCUCUCUCACGCGCUCUCUCACGCGCUCUCUCACGCGCACUCUCACGCGCUCUCUCACGCGCACUCUCACGCGCACUCUCACGCGCACUCUCACGCGCACUCUCACGCGCACUCUCAAGCGCACCCUCACGCGCUCCCUAACACGCACUCUAAUUCAGUCUCUCACGCGCUCUCUCACGUGUUCUCUCGCGCGCACUCUCACACGCUCCCUCAUGUGCUCUCUCACGCGCACUCCCAUGCGCACUCUUACUCGCUCUCUCACGUGCACUCUCACACGCACUCUCGGCGCGCUCGCUCCCGUGCACACUCUCCUCUUCUUCAAAUGA